GUUGUGCCGUCGUCUUUGAUUUCCAAUCGGCUGCCGCGCCAUGAGUCUGGGUUUGAGGAUACCCUUGCGCGUCCCCUUGUGAACCCCUUGUAAAAUGUGAUCACGUUGACGUUGUCUGCCGCCAUUUCCCUUUCGGAGGAUUCAUUAGAUCAGAAAAUAAAGCAAUGGCAGAAAAUAAUGGGGAAGUGUCAAAUGAGAACAAAGACACCAAACACGAACCCGAUUCUAAUGUUGAAAGGACCCAGGAUUAUCCUAAACUAAUUGAUUAUGGACUUGACAAGACAGUAGCUGCAAAAUUAGACGAAAUCUACAAAACAGGUAAAUUGGCACAUGAAGAUUUAGACGAGAGAGCUCUUGACGCACUGAGAGAUUUCCCUGUUGAUGGUGCAUUAAGUGUUCUCAGUCAAUUUCUUGAAUCAAAUUUAGAACACGUUUCAAACAAAUCGGCUUAUCUUUGUGGGGUAAUGAAAACAUAUCGGCAAAAAAGUAGGGGAGGCAGCACUUCUGGUAUUGGAGGCACAACACCUGGGUCUGGCGGAAAUGUUACUAAAGGUCCAGAUGAGGACAAAAUCAAGGCAAUUUUGGACAGAACUGGCUAUUCAUUGGAUGUAACAACUGGUCAACGAAAAUAUGGUGGUCCACCUCCGGGAUGGGAAGGCCCUCCACCAGGCAACGGGUGUGAAGUUUUUUGUGGGAAAAUUCCAAAAGAUAUGUUUGAAGAUGAACUCAUUCUCCUUUUUGAAAAAAGUGGCAAAAUUUGGGACCUUCGAUUGAUGAUGGAUCCUAUGACUGGAACAAACCGUGGAUAUGCCUUUAUAACUUAUACUACAAAAGAUGAAGCCCAGCAAGCAACAAAAGAUCUCGAUAAUUAUGAAAUCAAACCGGGGAAGAAUCUGAAAGUUAACAUUAGCGUACCAAAUCUACGACUUUUUGUGGGCAACAUUCCAAAGUCUAAAGGCAAAGAGGAGAUUCUGGACGAGUUUGGUAAAUUAACAGCUGGGCUGACUGAAGUGAUCAUCUACAGUUCACCUGAUGACAAAAAGAAAAAUCGUGGGUUUUGUUUCCUUGAGUAUGAAUCUCACAAGGCUGCUUCAUUAGCUAAACGAAGACUAGGAACUGGCAGAAUUAAAGUGUGGGGAUGUGACAUCAUUGUGGACUGGGCAGACCCUCAAGAGGAGCCUGACUCGGAAACUAUGUCCAAGGUCAAAGUCUUGUAUGUUAGAAAUUUAACUCAAGAUUGUACAGAAGAGAAACUUAAAGAGGCCUUUGAAGUUUAUGGAGUAGUUGAAAGAGUCAAGAAAAUUAAAGAUUAUGCUUUCAUUCAUUUUGAGGAUCGUGAUUCUGCAGUAGCGGCUAUGGAGGCGCUCAAUGGAAAGGAAAUGUUUGGUUCAGCAAUUGAAGUUUCUCUAGCAAAACCACCUUCAGAUAAGAAAAAGAAAGAAGAAAUCUUAAGAGCUAGAGAAAGACGGAUGAUGGCAAUGAUGCAACUGAGAGGAGGAGGGUAUUCACCGCAACAUCCGAGCAUGAUGGGAGGUCCACCGAGAGGAGCCCCGGGAGGUGUGAGAGGAGCGGGCAACUCUAUGAGAACUAUGGGCAGGGGUGAUUAUGAUUAUGAUUACGACUAUUACGGUUAUGCUGAUUAUCGAGGCGGCUACAGUGACCCGUAUUAUGAUGACUAUUACCGUUACGAAGAUUACUAUUACGAUUAUCCGCCACCACCGCCACCUGCUAGAGGAAGGGGCAGGCAAGCACAGCCGGAUAUCGAAGAGGAUAUUCUGGACAGAAGAGCUUCGAUGUACGACAUGAACUUUGGGAUCCAGGCUGGGCGUGGGCGUGGAGUAGUGCCGCGUGGCCGAGCAGGUGGGCCCCCAAUCCGUGGGGGUCCCAGGGGGGGCCGGGGGGUCGCAGCCUCAGGGGGCCGUGGGGGGGCUCGUCCGCCCGUCCGUGGGGGACUGCGCGCCAAGGGAAGUUUACCAGGUGAGGAUGGUAAACGCAAGUUCGACGGCGGUCACCAGAACCAGGGGGAAACGAAGAGGCGCUAUCAAAGCAGCUGGGGCAGUCAGCCGUUAGCCCAGCAGCCUCUCAGUAGUGCUUACGGCAUGAACGGCGGCGGAUACAGCUCUGGCAGCGAUGCACAGUGGUAUCAAGACAGUUACCACCAAUGGAGCUAAAUGUACAGGGACAAAGUGGACUGAGAGACAUGCUGAAGUGUGGAAACCGAGAUGUUGCUCACAUUUCCCCGACCUUUGUGUAGAAACAGAUUUUUUUUAGCAAAAUUGUUUGAUUUGGUUUUCGGUUUUCACUUAUGAGUUUUCAUUUUUAAAAUUUAUCUGUUCUCGGUGCAAAGUUCGGAAUUGUCUGUAAUAUCUUUCCAUGCAGCAUGCCGCUUAAAAUUAACAGAUGCCAUCAGCUUGUGUCUUGUUGAUGCUGUCUCGAAUAACAUACUCUUCCUUUUUUUUUACUAAAAUAUAAUACGUUUGUAGUUUGACAAAAUUUGCGAGUAAAUUUUUUCAAAAUUGUGUGUACGCAUGCAUGACAAUAUUGUAACAUUCCCCCCUCACCCCCUAGUUCUGGAGACGUCACACCAUUAGGGGGCUUCCAAAAUCUUUUAUUCCCACGGCAUAGCUGCCAAUUUGUUUCAUUAAGUUUUACCACAUAGCGUCUGCGAUUGUGGAUAUUCUGUUAUUGGUUAUCAAUUAUUGUUUUAAAUCUUUUUUGGUUAUUAUUGGCUGGAAGGUUUCUGUUAAUCAUUUCGAAACCUUGCUGUUUUUUUAUUUGUUUUUACAUUUUAUAUGUAGGAUGCAGUAGUAGAUAAUUUAUAACUAGUUAACUUACAAACCUUUUCAGUUCUGUUUGUUUUUUUUUAAGUUGAAUGACGCAAGAAAUUUUAGUUGUAAUUUUAACUUGAUGUUAAAUUGUUGAUUGAGUAGUGACAAGAAACCAUACAUUUGUUGAAGACCAUUACGUAUUUUAUUGAUGAGAAACAAAUAUAGCUAUAUAAAUGGCUCUUGAAGAUCCAUUGUUGUGUUAUAAUCAAUAUGUACUAAGCUGCAAUAAUAACAAUGUAAUUGUUUCUGUUAUUGUAACUGUGUUAAAGAAGACUAUUGAUCCAUGAAAAUGUGUGUUAGUUCUAGCUUUGUUAGUAAUUAGUAUAACACUUUCAUUUAAAGUAAAUUUUAUGUUUGAUUGUUCCCUGGUUUUAAUUAAAUUUGUUAUGUCAUCAAAUUUUACAUAAUAUUGUCUUGCGUCAUACUUAGUGAAACAGUAGGACAUGCUUAUGCUUAAUCAUUUCAGCUUACUUUAUACAAAAACACUAUCAUCUUUUAGAAAUGCCUAGUUAAACAAAAAAUUUAAAAGUUUUGCUACAAGAUAAUUGUUUUUUGAGUCAAAAGUGCUCUGAAAAACAUUUCCCUGUUACAGCAAAUGUAUGAUGGACCUACAUGUCUCAAUAAACAGUUGUAUGUGAACAUUUUAUAA